AUGACAACAGCCUGGCAAGCAUUUGCAGCGACAAAGAAUGCUAAGCGGCCUGCAACGGAGGACGACCGGAUGACCGCAAUCUCCUGGGCUACCAAAGCCCUUGAAGAGGAAGUCAAAGGUCUGACAACAGUGCCGCCGGUGCUGCAUUGGGGUCUGAUCCACACCAAGCAGCUCAAACAGGACAUCAUUGGUCCUCUGCUGUGGAGAAGUCUCAAUGCAGCUACUGUGCUUACUGCAGACAUCAUGGAUCAAGUUUGGCUGCUUGCACCAUGUGAACCCUGAGCUCGUUGUUCAAUUGGGUAUGGCAGACAUCCUGCCAUGAUGAGGUGGUUGUUUGUCCCUCUUCAAAUGGGAUGGUCAGUUUUGGAAGGUCAAAAGUGACAGAGGCCAAGUGUUGCUCCUCCAAAGUGGACAGAAAGUUGGUGAGCAGGGUGCGACCCUCUCCUUUCUCAUCUUGGCAAGCUCUCUCUGCUCCAGAGACACGACUGGAACAGCCAAAGUAAAUUGUUGGAUCUACCAAUCAGAGUGUCAUGGAGGAAAAAAGGUGCCAAGGCCAAGGUGGGAAAUUGGGAAGCAAAGAGCAGGUGAGCAUCAUCUGGUGGGCAGUAGUGAGCUUGACCAAAUAUUCCUCCAGGGGAUCUGUGUAGAGCACGCAUACGUGUACUUAGCAGUGGUGCAUUUGGACCAACUGCGCGCAACCCUCAAGGGAUUGACAGCUGGGAUCCUCCCAGGGCUUUAAAAGGAGCACAGGACUGUGACGAGGGAGGCUGGACUACCAUCUUUGGGUUAUCGAGGGCAUGUGAUGCAGGGAACGGCAGCAACGGGGUAUAUCUCAGGUCAUCACACGGUGAGUGGAGAACAGAUUCUCCUUACUGAGUGCUAGCUAAUGUUUGGGUUUUUACAGGAUCCACAUGA